AUGAAAGUCUCAACAUUAGUUAUAAUUUGUUCAACCAUUGUUUCAAUCAAUGCUAAAAAUACAUUUAACAAGAAAAAAUUAAAUUUUAUAAAAAGAGCUGAUUCAAGUUUAAUUGAACCAUCAAUUACUGAUUUUCCAUCAUUAGAAAGUUCAGAAGAUUCAAGUCUUACAGAUUUUAAUGAAUCAAGUGAAUCAUUCGACUCUUUUGGUGAUAGUUCUGAAUCAUUUGAUGCAACUGAAUCAGGAUUUGAAGAAACAGGUAGUCCUUCUUCAACUGAUGACAUAGAAGAAACAGAUGAUCCUACUGAAACUGAAGAUUCAGAACCUACUAAUGCUGCUGUUGGUGGUCUUGGUGGACUUAGUAACAAUACUAUUACACCUAUAAAUAAUACUUCACCAGUUUCAAGUGGUACAUCUCAUAGUAAUUCAACUAAUAUUGGAGGUGGUAGUUCAGGAAAUUCAUCAUCAAGCGGUGGUGUUGGUGGUAUAGGAGGUCCAUAUAGUAAUUCAUCUUCAAGUGGAAUUGGUGGUAGUUCAGGUGGAUCAAGUGGAAGCAACUCUGGUGAUUCGGAAUCAAGUGGUUCUAAAACAACUGGAUCAAGUUCAAGUAAAACAAGUGGUUCAAGCUUAAGUAAACCAAGUGCAAGUGGAGCUAGCUCUGGUUCAGCAUCUAAUGUAGGUAAUAGAUUAUCCGACUCAGGAGUUGGUAUGGUUGGAUUAGGAGCAUUAAUUGGAGCUCUAUUACUUUAA